CCUAUUACUGCCUAUUAUUUAUUGAAGUAGAAUAGUUUAGUUUUAUUUCUGCUUCAACUUUAUUUGCAACAUUCUUGAAGUAGAUUUCCUACGUAUAAUAGGCUAGUAAUUAGAGUUACCCCAAUGGCCAAUGCAAGUGAUCCGGUUCCUCCUGAAAAGUUUAAUGGAACUAAUUUUAAGCGUUGGAGAGAGAAAAUGAAAAUCUUCUUAACCACGCUUGGAUUAUUUUCCAUAAUUUUUGACUCUCCUCCAAAUGAGGAUGAGAAUGAACCGGCUAGGACUUGUAAUUUAGAGGAAUUUAAGAAGAAAGACUACCUGUGUAGGGGUAGGAUUUUGUCCUAUCUUUCUGAUCCCCUCUUUGAUGUCUAUUGCACUUUGAAAACCUCUAAGAAGAUUUGGGAUAAUCUUAAUAAAAAAUAUGGUAUCCAAGAUGCCGGAAUGGACAAGUAUACUGCUAGUCAAUUCCUAUCUUAUAAGAUGGUAGACACCAAGCCCAUAGUUGACCAAGCCCAUGAGCUAACAGUGAUUUAUCAUGAAUUAGACUUAAGGGGAACGUGUAUAACUGAGAGCCUUCAAGUUGCUUGUACUAUUAACAAGCUUUCACCUUCUUUGAAAGAUUUUGGGUUGUCCCUAAAACAUAAGACUGAGGAAAUGAGCAUGAAAACCCUACUAUCUGCCAUUAGGAUUCAAGAGCAACAUCUUAAGAAAGACAAUGAGCAAAUCAUGAACCCUGAGUUUCUAACUAAGGCGAACUUUGUAGAAGGCCAGAAUAAAACCUAUAGGUUCAAAAACUCCAAAUUUGAAAAGGGUGGACCUAAGAAUAAAGGAAAAUCCAUGAAGCCAAAACACCAAAUCAAUAAGAACGAUCGGAGGCCGAUUUGCUACAAUUAUGAAAAAUUCGGUCAUAUGGCACGAGUAUGCCGGAUGAAGAAGAAGAAGUAUCAGAACUAUGAACAUGCACCUCCUCAACUUUCCAAUCCACAAACCAACAUGGUGUUAUCCAGUACUGGUCCUACUAAUACUGAUGAUCGGUCCGGAGCGGCCUAACUGUGACUAUGGAGAAUUUUACCUCGGCACGAGUACUUGGAACUGGAAAAGUACUUCUAAGGCUUACAUCUGGGAAUGUGCUUCCUCUAUUUAAUGUGUACCAUGCGCUUGAAGAAAAGAGGAAUCUGAUCAGUGGAUAUCUUCUGAUAAGGAGUGGCUAUUCUUUGUUAUUUCAAUCUAAGAAAGUGAGUAUAACAAAGAAUGGAACAUUUGUAGGCAAAGGCUAUGAGUGUGAUGGCUUAUAUGUAAUUAAUAAAAUGAAUGAUGUACCUUUGGACAUUCCUUCUUAUAGCAAU